AUGGGAAUCUGCUUCAGCUCUGCCUCGGUCAACCAGAGCCCAACCACAACCGAGCAAUUAAGUUCAGUGGCAACUUCUCAAACAACCGGAAAUAUAACGUCGUCAACAGGAAACAGCAAUGUUUCUGGGAGCAGCCAAUUCUCGGCUGCAACUGGAGGGGACGAGGCUGGUCCGUCUGGGCAAAUAUUACCUCUCCCCAAUUUAAGAAUGUUCGCCUUUUCUGAGCUGAAGGCAGCAACAAGAAAUUUUAGAAGUGAUACAGUGUUGGGAGAAGGUGGCUUUGGGAAGGUCUAUAAAGGUUGGCUCGAUGAGAAAGGCACGACGAAAGGUGGAAGCACAACCGUAAUUGCCGUUAAGAAGUUAAAUGCCGAAAGCUUUCAAGGAUUUGAAGAGUGGCAGUCUGAGAUAAAUUUUCUUGGAAGACUUUCUCAUCCUAAUCUGGUUAAGCUGUUGGGAUACUGCUGGGAGGAUACAGAGCUAUUGCUUAUUUACGAGUUCAUGCAAAAAGGCAGCUUAGAGAACCACCUUUUCGGAAGGGGUGCUGCUGUUCUGCCUCUUCCAUGGGACACAAGGCUUAAGAUUUUAAUUGGAGCAGCUCGGGGACUAGCAUUCUUGCAUGCAUCAGAUAGAAAAGUUAUCUAUAGAGACUUCAAGGCCUCAAACAUAUUGCUUGACGGGUCAUACAAUGCCAAGAUAUCAGAUUUUGGCCUUGCGAAAAUGGGUCCAACGCCUAGUAAAUCCCACGUGACUACACGGGUGAUGGGGACUCAUGGUUAUGCCGCUCCUGAGUACGUCGCCACAGGGCAUUUGUACGUUAAGAGCGAUGUCUAUGGUUUUGGCGUCGUAUUAGUAGAAAUGCUUACAGGGUUAAGGGUACUUGACGAAAAUCGUCCAGAUGGGAAACAUAAUCUGGUUGAAUGGGUGAAGCCGCAUUUAUUUGACAGAAGGAAGUUGAAGAACAUAAUGGAUUCUCGUUUGGAAGGAAAAUAUCCUUCAAGAUCUGCAAUACAAAUAGCUCAGCUUGCUCUAUCAUGUAUUGAAAGUGAACCAAAGAACAGACCAUCAAUGCGAGAAAUUGUUGAGAUCCUAGAGCGCAUUGAUUCUGUUCAUGAGAAACAUAAAGAGGUUAGAGUAAAUUCUGGGCUUCGGCCAUCUUCUCGAGCACAGAAACCUUCGCAAUAUCGUUCUCCAAUUCAUCAUCCAAGGCACGAUCGCUCUCCAAUUCGUCCAAGGCAAGAUAUAAAUCAAGCCUACCCACUGCCACCGCACGCAUAA